CACCACGACGAGGUCGACACUCCACGUAUGAAAUGUGGACGAGAGGCUUCACUUGGACGCUGAAAAUAUUCCUGAGUCAAGAUCUGGCAGACACGCCUGGUAAAGGUUCGGGUCGAAUGCUCGGGGCUUUCUGGCUGUUCAUUAGCUUCAUGAUUGCUUCUAUUUACCGAUGUAACCUCCAGGCCAUCCUCGUCAACGAGAAGAUUAAGGUUCCGUUCACCUCCGCCGAAGAAUUCACACAUCAAGACGAGUACAAGAUAACAUGGAUAAACGGCACGAUUUAUGGUGACACUUUCAAGCUAGAUGAGCCGAACUGCCUACGAGGAAGACUCUGGUCGAUGAGGGACAGCUUCCAACCCAAUGCCGAAGAAGCUGUACAAGCUGUUCUGGACAAAAAAGUAUCAAUUCUUGCCCCUGACAUGAUGCUGAUUGGCCUCUUGGCGGCCGACUUUUCCAAGUUCGGCGAUUGUCGUCUGGCUGUGACAUCGACGGGGCUCAUGCCCAGCUACAUGACUUACGCGUACCCUAAGAACUCGCCACUGCAAGAUGCCAUGGACCAAAUGAUGUUGCGUGUGGUGCAGUCCGGUAUAGCGCCUCGUCUCAUUGAAGCGGGUUUACGGAACGCCUCGUGGUGCACCAAACCUCAGACGAGCUUGAGUGAUUCGCGGCCUUUUGCUCCCAAGGAUUUUUUCGGGAUCUUCAUCAUCUACGGAAUAGGUGUCACAGUCGCCUUCGUGAUCUUUGUCAUCGAAGUCAAGAUGGGAGGUGGCGCAGAGAAGCGCACGGAUAAGAAUCAAUGAUGAUGAAGGUCUUAUCGCGAGAUGAAAACUCUGCAUUCAACGGAUCUGGUACCACACAAUAUGAGAACACGCAUUCAAAUGAUUCAUGACUAUAUUAAAGUCUAUAAUUAUUUCAGAUCGGCUUAACUUUACGACUGGCGAGCUUGGCAUAAAAAUCGAAUGAAAUUGUGUGGGUAUUAUACUCAAUAUUUCUCUAUCUCAAUGUAGUUAAAAAGUUUACUGUAAUUACCAAGUCAUCAUUUGUUGAUGGUUAAGGGGAAUUAAGAUAACUCUGAUUAAUUAAUUAAGAUAACGUUU